UUUCAAAGGUCCCCAAGAGGACACCACCCUCACACUCCAUCCCCACCCCAGGACCUGCUCUAUACUCCCCCCACCUCUGGGGUAACUGGGAUUCUCCGAUGCUUCCUCAGGCUCUGAUUGGCACCGCCUCAGACUGUGUCCUGUUUCUCGAGUGAGAUGCAGUUGCAGAGUGGGAGCUGCCUUCAGAGAAGAUGAUAAAGCCUGGCCGCACAGAAGCCAAGUGGAAUCAAACGCUGUAAAAACAAUGCCAAGAGCAAAGACAAGAAAAGAAAAACCCCAAGGGGCUCCUCCCUCGGUGGUUCCCGUUCUUCAGCAGUUCCUGAAGACAUACCAGAAGCACUGCGCGCAGUCUGGGACGUCCCCGUGUCCCACCAUCCAAAGGGACCUGAAGAACAGCAUUGACAGAGAGCAGAUCCUCAGGAAGUUUACACUCGUGAGAGCUGGUGAUGCCACAGCGAGACACCCACCUGUUUCCUUGGAGCCUUUGCUGAUGGCGAUUCGGGAUGAGCGCUACACGCUGGGGAGGGAACUCUGCGUCUGGGGCCUUCAGCUGACCAACCCGGAGAUCGCCAGGCUCGCUUUGUUUCUGGAGUCGAAGGGGCACACCACCUGCCCGGUUACCACCUUGGAGAUCAUUAGCUGCAAGAUGGAUCUGUGGUCCCUGGGGCGACUGGGGAGAGCUUUGCAGUUCAGCAGUUUGUAUUUCCUGGCCCUCGAUUACUGCAAGUUUGGAAAUAAAGAACUUGAGAGUAUCUUCUCGGGCCUGGAAAACAACCAAAGGCUCCAAGGCCUCAGUCUGCGCUACUGUGGCCUCGGGCCUCAGAGUGGGCAGAGGCUGGGCUCUGUCAUCAGCCAGAGUGCCGUUUGCGAGCUGCAUCUGGAUGGAAAUGAUCUGCAGUGUUCUGGGACCCUGGCCCUCCUCAGACCCAUAGCAGAAUAUGCAGAGAUGCAGGGGAAGGACCAGCCCGCCUCAGCAUCACCUCACACUGGAAAUCUCCCUCUGCUUCCCCAAGUGUGUGGAGGCAGAAGCUCUACUUUGAGCCAGAUUGCGAAAUCUUCCGAAGCUGUAACAAUGAAAAGGACCUCCCAGAGGAAAAGAGGGGAAAGAGGAAUCAGGAAAAAAGUUAAACGCCUGAUGGAAGCUGGUCCUUGGGUAGUGAUGCUGCAUCUGGCAGAUAACAGCAUCGACGGGACAGGAGUAGAGGGAGAGCAAUUGCUGGAACUCACUGGAACUUUAACACGCCUGAUCAAAUACUCCCCUCACUUAAGGGAACUCGACCUUGGAAACAAUGUCCUGGGAGAAACUGCUGCAGCGGACAUCCUGGGAGCCCUGAGAGCCAGGAAGACAGGUAAACUACCACCCUUAAAAAUUACGGUCACUCCUCGGAUCUCCUCAGACACCUUCACAGCUAUUUGGAAACAUAGUAAGAAAUCUAAUAGGACCAGAAAAAGGAAGAAAAAGGUAAAAAACUGAAUACAGAUGGCGUAUUUGCAGAUGGAUGUCACCUACCUCCAUGGCUGGACAGACAUAUCUAGAAAGAUACUGCUCAUUGUACAUAAACAUUGUUCAUUGCUAUCAACCCCCCUCAGGUUCUAAAGUUCAUCAAGACCACUUAGUGCCUAUCUG